GGCUGGUCUCAGAGCUCAGUCCUUCCCUGGAGUCCUGGCGUGGUGCACACGUUCACUCCUCUCGCUGCGGGAAGCCAGCCAGGGAUAGCCUCAGACCAGCGGAGUGUCCCUAGCGUGUGACCCUAAGCCAGACCAACCCACUUCGGGAGCGCUCAACCCUGAGAACCUACCAGCCACUACUCUUUGGGACGCCUGGACUAGGAAGGUCCCAGCGACUUCCAAUUGGGAAUUUCUGUUCCUCAGAAGGACCAAACCAUCAUGCCUCGAGAUCCCUUUGCCUAAGAAAGACCGGGAAUUCUUAGUCUUCGAAGCGCUCAGCUAUCAUCCCUCCGAAACCAUUUACCUAAGGAAGAUCUGCAGGAAACUUUUAUCUUACAAACACACAGCCACCAGCCAUCGGGAACGCCUUGCCUAAGAAGAACCCAGCCAUCAGCCCUUUGGCACCUCUCGUGAUGAGUGCCAGUGUAUGUGUCAUGAGGAUGGCACUGGUCUGUGUCACCUGCCUGGCAGCCCACGUCCAUCCUACCUCACAGAUCCACCAGUCUAUGAGUACUGAAGACUUACGUAGAGUCUUCAAUGUAGAAUUACACCAUCAAGCGCCGGCGUACGACGUGGUGCGGCUGCGGUCGCGGCUGAAGCGAGGUGCGGACGGUGAUCCAGUACGCACCGUGUACCUGCGGGCCUUGGGCACCACCCGGGUACUCCACCUUCGACCCAACCACGACCUCAUCGGGCGGUUUUUCCCCCCCCUUCCUAGCAGCCCCCGGACACCUUCGGGAAGUCACCCCACCAACGGGGCUGGGGAGGAUGAUAGGAUGGGUGUACCACACCAGGAUGAACACUCUCUGGCUGCACUCCUCGUCUCCCAUCAUCCACUCACCAGUGCACUCACUCUGGACGGUACAGUGGGGGAGGACCUGGUGGUACGUCCCCUCCCUCCGCAUCUGUACCCGCAGGCGACGCAGGAGGAGGAGGCGGUCAGCCCCAACCACCUGCCCCCUCCUGACGACGAGCUCUUCCUUGACGACCUCGACGACCAAAUGAUCUUCAGCGAUGGUCUGCCACUAGCGGGCGACGACGAGGAUACAGGUUCUGUCCUAGACCUACAACGACCGCAAGACGUUAACGGUAUCAACGGCAGUUUACCUGAGGGGCUGACGUUGCUCCGACGCCGCCGUCGACACGUUGAGUCUGAGGGCUUCCACAUCGUCUACAAGAGAGCAACCCCCGCUGUCGACACUGACUACGCAUUGAUGGAACUCGACCACAUUCCUGCCAGGAGUCCUGAAGCUCGUCCCAGACGCAAAAGGAGCGCCCCGUACAUCAUCUACCCUGAGAUCCUCGUCCUAGUCGACUACGACGGCUACCUGUUACAUGGGCAGGACAACAGUCAGAUCAAGAGUUACUAUGUGUCCUUUUGGAAUGGCGUAGAUCUACGUUACAAGCUUCUAAAGGGACCUCGAGUGAAGAUCUCCAUCGCUGGUAUUAUUAUCUCCAGGAGCCGCGAUGCGAUGCCCUACCUGGAGAAGAACCGGGUGGGUCGCGAUGCUAUAGACUCAGCCAGUGCCCUCACGGACAUGGGCAAGUACCUGUACCAGGAGCGUCGCCUACCCACCUACGACAUCGCCGUGGCCAUCACCAAAUUAGACAUGUGUAGACGCGCUUUCACAGGGGGGGUUUGCAACAGGGGGACUGCAGGCUUUGCGUACGUGGGAGGCGCCUGCGUGGUCAACAAGAGGUUGCAGAAGGUCAACUCCGUUGCAAUAGUUGAAGACACUGGCGGCUUCUCUGGGAUCAUCGUUGCAGCUCACGAAGUUGGUCACCUGCUAGGAGCGGUGCACGACGGGUCACCUCCACCGUCGUACCUAGGAGGUCCAGGAGCUCGUAGGUGUCGCUGGGAGGACGGGUACAUCAUGAGCGACCUCAGGCACACGGAGAAGGGCUUCAGAUGGUCUCCGUGCUCAGUCGAGCAAUUCCAUCACUUCCUCAACGGCGACACGGCCACCUGUCUCUACAACCUUCCCCACGAGGACGAGUCCCUCCCCAGGGUCCUCCCAGGGAAGCUGCUCUCCCUCGACGCCCAGUGCAAGAAAGAUCGAGGAACCUCCGCCUGCUUCAAAGACGAUAGAGUCUGCGCGCAGCUCUUCUGCUUCGAUUCCUCGAGCGGCUAUUGUGUGUCGUACCGUCCUGCCGCCGAGGGUUCUGACUGCGGCAGCGGUAAGAUCUGUAGCAACGGUCGCUGCGUCUACGACAACGGCAACUCCAUCUCCGACUUUGACAUUAGCAGGUGCGGCACAAACCGGAAACAUGCCACAGGUACUGAAAAAAAAAAUACCUGGCUGUCCCGGAAGUGACUCCAGGUGUUUACA